AUGAGUAUACGCAAAGAGCGCAAAAAACCUUUGUCCGAUAAAAGGAGAGUGACAGAGUUAGGGACAUGCAGGGAGAUGGUCACAAUGAGAGAGACAUCUGUUGAUCCUGUUGCUGAUGCAGAAACACCCGUUGAUCCUGUUGCUGAUGCACCUAGUGCUACUGCUUCUGCUGUUGCUGUUGUUGUUCAUAUUCCUCCUGCUGCUAAUAUUCUUGUUGCUCCUGCUGCUGCUUCUGCCAUUGUAGCUGACGCUGCAGUUGCUUCUAAUGCUUCUACUACUGCUGAUGCUGCUCUUCUUGCUCCUGUACUGCUGCUCCUGUUAGUUCUGCUGCAACUGCUGCUGCUGCUCCUAUUGUUCCUGCUGUUGCUCCAGUUGCUCCUACUGUUCCUCUUGAUCCUGCUGCUGCUGCUCCUCUGUUACUCUUAUUGCUCUUUCUGCUGA